CCCGCCGGUUCGGUUGCCGGGAGGCGGCGAACUCCCGGUGCCAGCCCCCCCGCCGCAGCCGGGCUUGCGCAGGGAGCGCGUCGCGGCUCAUCUGACCGCGCCGGCGGGGCCCGAGCCAGGCGGCGGGCGCGGGGGGGUCCCGCCUUGCCCCGGUCCCGCCCGGUCCGGCCGCGCUGCGGGUUGAUCAUUAACCCAGCAGCGGCGGCAGAGCGGCCGCGACAGGGCCCGGCUCCCCGCCGCCAGCCCCGGCGCCUCCGCAGAGCAUCCUGCCACGAUGGCAAGUGACCCCGGGGCAGAGCCCGAUGCUGAGGAUGCAGCUGAGGCUGAAGAGGGUGUCUAUGAGGAGGUGAUGCCCUGCGAUAGGAUGGAGCUGAGCCAGCGGCUGGCUGUGGAGGAGCUCAUCACCACCGAGGCCAGCUAUGUCCACAACAUCCAGCUCUGCGUGUCGGACAUCCGAGCACACCUCCAGAAGAAGCAGCUGCCUGAUCUUGACCUGGAAGGACUCUUCUCUAACACUGAUGACAUCCUGCACAUGUCCAGACGGUUUCUGAAGGGUCUUGAGGACACGACCGCGGCCACCCAUGAGCACGAGCAGCUGUUCUGCAUCAGCACGCUGUUCCAGGAGUUCAAGGAGGAGAUGGAGACCACCUACAAGAUCUAUUGUGCCAGCUACGAGCAUGCCCUCCUGCUGGUGGAGAGCUACCGCAAGGACCCCAGGCUGCAGGAGGAGAUCCUGGACACCCUGAAUGCAACAGUGCCUCACACGGGUGCGUCGGACCUCAGCUUCUUCCUGGUGAUGCCGGUGCAGAGGGUCACCAAAUACCCGCUGCUGCUGGGGAAGAUCCUGGAGAACACCCCCCCCGACAGCAGCGUGUACUCAGCGCUGGAGGCAGCCGUCCGUGCCAUGGCCCAGGUCAACGCCAACAUCAAUGAGUACAAACGGCGCAAGGAAGUAGCAACCAAAUACAACAAGGCCGAGCACCUGUCGCUGCGGGACCGCUUCGCGCGCCUCAACACGCACUCCAUCGCCAAGAAGACCACGCGGCUGAGCCGGCUCUUCAUGCACGAGGCCGGCAUCGUGGCCAAGACUCAGGACAAGGAGUAUGACGACCUGGAAGAGAAGUUCCAGUGCGUGGUGUCCACCGUGGCUACACUGAAGGAGAACGUGGCAUCCUACCUGGGCCAUUUAGAGGCGUUCCUGUUGCCUACCCCUCACCAGCACGAGCUGCAGAUCAGCGAGGGACCUGCCCAGCAGUACCGCCGCUUUGCCGAACACCUCCACUGCACUGUUUUCCCAGAGUUUAAGCAGCGUCUGGACAAGCUGGUGUGCCAGCCCCUGUGCAGCCUCUCGGACAUGCUGGUGGGGCCGCAGCAGCUGGUGAAGAAGCGCCUGGACAAGCUGCUGGACUACGAGGAAAUCCAGGAGCGGAAGAGCGAGAUGGGCAGCGUGACGUACGACGAGGAGGCCGCCAUGAACACCUACCUCGCCAUCAACGCCCUGCUUGUGGCUGAGCUCCCGCGGUUCAACCAGGCUGCCCUGCAGCUCCUGGGGCAGAUUCUGCGCUCCUUCAGUGCCCUGCAGUGGGACUUGGCUGCCGAGGUCCUGCACCAGGCAGAAAAGGAGCUGGAGCAGAUGCCGCAUGGCCGCAUGCCUCUGCCCAGUUUCUGGAAGAUGGUGGAGGACACCCUGCAGCAGUCUGGAGCUCAGCUCCAUGCUUUCCAACAGACGUUUGAGACGGUCACACCGAGCCCUGUGACGCAGCCUCUGAACCCUGCUGAGGAGCGGAAGGUCCUUUCCCUUGUGAGCAAGCACGGCCCAGACAAACUUUACCAAGUGACGAGCAACAUCAGUGGCAGCAGAGACUUGGACCUGACCUUGCAAAGAGGACAGAUUGUAGCUCUGCUGCAGAGUGUGGACACUAAGGGGAACACGAACAGAUGGCUGGUGGAUGCUGGAGGUCCCCGAGGGUUUGUGCCUGCUGGAAAACUCCAGCCCUAUUGCCCGGCACAAAGCCAGCAGCCUGGGAUGCAGAUGCUGACCCUGGAGAGCGGCACAGAGAGAAGGAGACAUUCGUAUGCAUCACCUGCAGCUCCCAGGCCCCAGGUGCCCACCUUCACCCCAACCUACCAGGUGGUCGCUGGCUUCUCCUUCGCAGCCAGGAGCCCGCAGGAGGUGACUCUCCAGGCAGGGCAGCCCGUGGUGGUGCUAGAGCCGCACGACAAGAAGGGGAACAAGGAGUGGAGCCUGGUGGAGGUGAAUGGCCAGCGGGGCUACGUGCCCUCCAGCUACCUGGUGACCGUCCCUGUGCAGGAGCCCACAGGCUGGAGCUUGCCCGUGUGAGCACCCGAGGGCACGGGCUUCACUGGAUGAGAGCAGUCUGCUUGGCACCCAUCGAGGGAGACGCUGGAGGGGGGCAGUCCCGGGCUGGGAAGAUGAUGGGAAAGGGCUGGCAGAAUAGGGCCCGGGGGGCACGGGUGUGAGGGAUGGUGGUUGGGAGGCACUUUUUGAUGGGUAGGCGUGAGGGUGCCGUGUCCCAUGUGUGUUUGCACAUAGGAAAGCAGCACGAGGGAGCGAGGGCAGGUGGCUGGUGUUUUCCAGGGGUUUGCUGAAAUCCAUGUCAGUAACAAGUGUCCCUUGCGGCGAUGUCCGUACUGCCCACAGUUAGAUCAGGACGGAGCUGCAGAGAGGUCUUCAGCCCAGUGGGGAGCAACUGGGGCUCUUGGAAAGGGGCUCUCAGGGCAGUGCUGGUGUGAGCGCAGAGACUGAGGUGGAGCAGCCCUGGAGACAUGGCUCCUGCUCCUCACCAGGCUCUACGCCUGCCUGGGUGCCCACCCCGAUGUGCCACUGUGGUCCUUUGUCAGCACAGGCUUCACGCCCUGCUGUAAAGGGCACAGCAAUGCCCGCCUGUGCCCAACCGCACUGCCAGUGGUGGGAAGGUGCCAGGCUGGGUCCCCCCAAGCCCUCCUGGCCACCAAGCAUCACUCCCGGCCUUGGUUUCCCACCGCAGUGGGGCCCCACUUGGAGCACUGUGUACAGUUCUCGUGUCCCCAACAUAAGAAGGACAUGGAGCUGUUGGAGCGAGUCCGGAGGAUGCCAUGAGGACGAUCAGGGGCUGGAGCACCUCCCGUAUAAAGGCAAGCUAAAAAAACAGGCGCUGUUCAGCCUGGAGAAGAGAAGCUGUGUGGACAUCUCAGAGCAGCUUCCAGUGUCUGAGGGGGCUACAAGGAUGCCAGGGAGCGACUCUUCAUCAGGGACUGUAGUGAUAGGACAAGGGGUGAUGGGUUCAAACUUAAACAGGGGAGAUUUAGGAUAGAUAUAAGGAAGAAAUUCUUCCCUGUGAGGGUGGUGAGGCGCUGGCACAGGGUGCCCAGAGAAGCUGUGGCUGCCCCAUCCCCAGCACUGUUCAUGGCCAGGUUGGACACAGGGGCUAGGAGCAACCUGCUCUAGUGGAAGGUGUCCCUGCCUGUGGCGACGGUUGGAACUGGAUGAUCUUAAGGUUCUUUCCAACCCAAACCAUUCUGUGAUGCUUGCGACCCAUUCGAGAGGCGCUUCGAGCUGUGGUGAUGAGAAGCGCUCCGUGCACCCCGGAUGCUGUUUGGUGGCCGAUGCGCUGACAUUACACCACCUUACACCGCGCUCUGCCGCACCGUGCUGCGGGCUCGGGUUAGGGACCUGCCGUGUGGCUGCGCGGCCGCGAGGUGGCAGCACCGCCCGCCGGGCGCAGCAGGGACCGCGGUUUGCGGGGCUCCGGCUGCGGGGUUUGUCCGCUGCGGGGAGGACUGACGCACAGCACCGCUCCUGCGGCUCCCGGGCCGCCCCGCGCACAGACGGUGUGACACGCUCGCUGUCUGGAAGCAUGGGCCCUGUGGGAGAGGUUUUUGAGAGAACCAACUUGUGUUGUCAGUUCCUGACCUAAGGCUCGGUCCGGGGAUGAAGACAGCACUGGCUCCCACACUGAGGCGUCCCAGCUCUGUGCCUCCGUUUCCCCAUAGCUUGCUCUGGUGCUGUGCUGUUACACGAUGCUGAUGGUGCUCAGGGCAGGGAGCUAUGUCCACGGUAGUGCUGACAUGGUGUCAGAGGGGAAUUUGGGAGCUCCCGCUUGCAGCCCUGCAGCCAGGGUGCCAUGCUGCCCACCCCUCAUCCCCGCAGGCAGUGGGGCAAGGGGGCACAGCUGGUGCAGCACCUUGGCAUCAUCCCGCUGCCCUUGGGCACCUAUUGCUUCCCACAUCAAAGGUGCCACGGCCUGGCUGGCGGGCGCUGGCACGCCGGCUCCCGAGCCCUUCCCACAGGGAAGCAGCACACCCGCUGCCCAGGGGCUCCCCACAGGCCUACUCUGGCAGCAGCGUGGCUGUGCUCUGCGGGCUCGGCAGAGGGGCAGAGCUCCGUGUCCUUGCCCAAGCUUGCACUGUGUGGGGAGGGAUGGGGUGGGUGCCAGGCAGGUGGGGACAAGCCCCAGAUGCUGCUCUGCUCUCGCUGUGUACCCCACACGUGGGUCCAGGUGCCUGCUUUGGGCAGAGCUGCCUGCGGGGCUCACCCUCCUUUGUACCUGCUGAGUCCUGGGGCUUUAUCUGCUGGGGGUUUGGUACCUCCGCCAGGGUGGUAGCAAGGCCCAAGCAAAUGCUGACCCAUGGGAAACCUGUGAGGGGACGGCAGUGCUGGAGCAGGGACAUUGCCUGGGGAUACUCCCAGCCUGGACGGGCUCCUCGGGACAGGACAGCAGGCUGUGGGGACGAGGGCCGCUGCUUAGGGGCUGUGUUUCUGAGGCUCACACCUCCAGCUCGCUGCUGAUGGCUCCUGCAGACUUUUCCGUUCCUAAUCAACUCACACCAGGUCGGAUUUCCCUCCGAGUCACCUUCCUGCCUGCGCAGUGGGGCGCAGGCGCGAUCAGUCCUGUGCCAGCGCAGGAGGCAGCGGCUGGAGCAGGUCCUGCUCUGCAGCCACGGGUGCCAAGGACCUUUCGGAGGGUGGAAGGUGACGGCGGGACAAGGAGAGCUGAGAAACUGCUGCUGCCUGAGCCCUGAUCCGCCUGCUGGAAGAAGACCCGGGGCGGGCAGGACUUGAUAGGCGACUUAUAAAACCAGUUGGUUGUUCUCUAUCCCACUCAUCAGGACUCUGGAUUUCAUGUGUUCUGAAACAACAGCUCCCCUUUCCCUCCCUCCAGCCAUGGACAGUGCUGCCUGCGUGGCCAGAAGGAGGUCCUUGCCCUGCCUGCAGCAGGCACGAUGGGUACAGCCUGUUGUGAGAUGUCCCAGAUCCCCACUGCCUCUCCUGGGUCCCCGCUCUACCUGUCCAAUGUCCAUCUACCAGCGCUUGCCAGGGCUGACAGGCAUGAAGGGCAAGGUGGAAACAGCCCCUGCUCUGCAGGAGGUGGCAGCACACCCUGGACACGCUGCUUGUGUCAGGCGCCGGCUGCCUGCCCAGAUAACGUGGUUGUGAUCCAAGGUGGGUGCAGCCAAGGUGCCAAGAGGCUCUGUCAUAUCGUGCUGAGCCAGCCAGCACCAGCACCCUGCCCAGGCGUGGUGGCACCGGUGUCCUGCCUACCCCAAGGUCCCAGAGGUGGCUGGAGCUCGCUGUGGACGUCCCCAUCAGGAAGAGGGAAAUGAGCUCAUGUGGCUCCUUUAGUCUCUGGACCCGAAGGGGUGAGCUGGGCUCUGCCGUACCCGCCAGUCCUGCUGCUGACCUCGAUGGCCGUGGGACCUUCCCCAUGGGGUCAGUCCUCAGGACAUGGCCUAGUGCUUGGCUGCAGGACUUGGAAUGCCGACAUUCCUCACUUCUCAGUGAUUUCACCCAAUCUCAUUGCACCCGCUGCUGCCCCACGCCUGGAAGUGCCGCCUUACCAGAGCGUACGUGGCUCUUCCAGCCUAAACACGAGGGGGAUAAAGGGCACAAGUGUGCCUUUAAAUAGCCGGUGAGGACAGGCUCUCCCUGGAGGAAUGCUCUGGCUGGCCUGGUGGAACAUGCUUGUGGCCGGGGGCAUGGGGGGACAGCCGGACAGGGACGGCUUCUCGCCAGGAGGUCAGGUCAAGGUUAGGCAUCGGGUGCCACUGUGCCGUGGCUUGGCACCACGGGAGCAGAGCCAUGCAGGGGGUGGGAAAUACAUCCCAUGCCGAGGGCAUGCCAUGCCCGGGGCUGAUCCCUAAGGUGGCAGCGGAGCCGGGAGCAGCUGCCUGCAACCUGCCCGCUGACCCGCACAGGGUCUGGCACCGGCGCAGCCUGGCUGCAGGAGCAGUGUGCCAGCAGCUCGGGCUGUCCGGGAGCGGCUGCUGCACUCCUGUCCCGGCUGAUUCAUGUCCUGGACAUGCAGGCACUUGGAUAGCAUCCACCUGCGGGGUGUGAUAGAGCACGGCCGUGUCCCUGCGGUGCAGGGCGCCAGCCCGGCUGUGUGCCGGAGAGCAGGAUGGUGGCAGCUCACACUUGGAUCUUCCCUACUGGGAAUGCUGGUCUCUGGGGACAUGGCAUCUGCCAUGGGCAGGGUGUGGAGCUCCAAAGCACAUCUCCAGAUGGAGGCACCUGGACUGCAGGAGGAUGGAUGCAUGCCCUGAUGUCAAUGUGCCCACCAGCUCUGCUGGGGCACCCAGGUCUGAGAGGAGGGUGGCUCUCCAGGGAAGCCCCACACGCAGGCUCAUGCACUCACCGAGCGGUGCCAGAAGGGAAUAGGGAUGCAGCAGGGAUGCAGUGGGCAGGGAAGAAAGGGAGUGGGGGGAACCCAGCAGGAGCUGAAGGGCACAGGCAGCCGAGCAGAGCCAUGCUUGCAGGCAGGGUGCUCCAGUUCGCCACAUCUGUUCCCAAGCACCCAUCUGUGAGUGGGAACAGCGUGGCCUAUGAGAAGCAGCCCCUGGCAGCCCAUGCCUGCCCUGCUCACUGUGCUGCCAGCCGUGAUCAGCGUGGUGCUGCACAGCCUGCGGAAGGGCUGAGCCCCACCGAGAGCGGCCGUGGGGCUGCGGAGCAGGCGCAUCAGUGUGAGCAGCAGUGCUCGCUCCAGGCUUGCGCAGCCGGCACCUGAAUUGUCUAAUAAAG